AGAAAAUACUAUCAUGUUGCCUUGCCUUAGGCAGAGUGUCAAAUGGUAAUGAAAACUUGCGCAAACAUUCCCUCUCACCGGUGUUUCCAACAAGUGUUGAGAUGGAAACACAAUUUGGCUCAAUGUCAUUCUACCUGUCGUAACAAUCAGCCGUAAUGGCGUAUCGUGGGAUCAAAGUUCCUGAUCCUUUCACCUCUAAAACGACGCGAAAUGAAAGGUUUGCCCAAAUGUCAAAACAAGAGCAACUCAUUGAACAGAAGAAACGUGAGAUACAAGCUAAACUGGAAGAGCAAAAGAAGAAGGAAGCAGAUGAAGCACUGAAAAAAUUGCAUGGCGUCUCGGGCAGUGGAAAAGCAGGAACAAACAAUAAAGUGUCUGCUGCCGCAUCACUAAACAAAAGCAGUCAGAAGCAGAGUGCAAAGAGCAACCUUGAUAGCAGAUGGAAGAAAGAACAAUCACAUACAGAGCGUAACUCUUCUCAGCAGAAAACCUCUGGUGCUUUGAACAUUUUCUCAAAUGAUGGAAGCUUCUUGGAUCAGUUCAAGAAGAUGUCUGGUGUUAAAGAAGGUAAACAGAGAAGAGAGGAUGCCGUCAGCAGUAUUAUUGACAUAAAGAAUACUCCUCAAGCCACUGAUACUCAUGCAUCUGACAAAAGGGAUAGAGAAACAAUAGAUCGACACGAGAGGAGUGAACGCAGCAGGAAUAACAGCGGUUGGGAAAGCUGGCAGUCUCAUCAAGUUCGACCAUCAUCCCCUUAUUCUCCCACCAGAGGCACUUCACCUGUCAGUGAUUUUUCACAGCCACCUCCACCACCAGUUCAACAGGCACAGCCUCUGCAGCAAAUGCAGAUUCCAACACUUCCUCUAACAAUGGCUCACUGCCUGACUGCUGUGGAACACCCUCCUCAAUUAGUACAAACUCCAGCACCACCUCUGGUUUCACCUGAAGCCGCUCCAGCAUUGGUGCUGGCUCCACAGUCACAUUCAGUAACCUCAGUGGCUGCCCCAGUCAGUGGAGCCCCUAAUAUUGCUCCUCUGGGCAUCACACCUUCUGUUCCUCCUCCAACUGUGGUUCUGUCACAUCCUCCUCCCAUGGCACCACAGUACAUGCAGUACCCUCCACCACCGCCAGCACCGGUCCAACUCCAGACACUGCCACCGACAGUACAGACUCCGGCAGCUGCGUCCUUGCCAGUGCAGGGCCCUCCCCCUCCUCAGACUUUGCUUGUACCACCACCUCAGCUGGUCUCCCUCCAGCAGCAGCCUCCGCCGACCUCAGCCCCGAUGCCGCAUCUCGUGGCCGCCGCUCAGCCGCCCCCGACUGGAGUCUCCUCAGCUGCAGAGCCCCAUGUACCAUCGACAGAAGAGUCUAUGAGGGAAGUUGCACGGAUGGUGGCGCAGUGUGGGGAUGAUAUUGAAGAAAUCAUAAAGAUACGAAAUCCUGAUGACCAGUCCGUAUGGUUCUUACGAGAUAAGACAGACACUGCAUAUAUGCAGUAUCGUUGCUUGGUGGAGAAGUUCAAAUCUGAAAUGGAAGAAGAGAGAAAACGCGAAAACAAUGAACCUAAAGUAAAGACAGAAGUAGAUACUGACAAUAGUAGGGAUAGUGUGAAAACAGAACCUUCAGAGACUGAUAACAGGGUGGCGGAGAGUACAGUAAAGCAGGAGCAACUUGAUGACGAGAACUCUUGUGCUAGUGAAGGAAGAAAGUCUGGAGAUGAAAGUGAUAGUAGUCGUCGUAAAAGGAAGAGACGUAGUCGCUGGGCCCCAGAAACUGAAAAAGUGGAAAUUGCUCCUCCUGUUACUCAAGCAAUCACAGGUACCAGCCCAUUACUUACAAAAAUAUCACGCAAUCAUCCUGCUCUUAUUCAGUAUGCAGUUCAAGCGUUUGGAACUAGCAGUCUAUCAGAAGAGGACUGGAAGAAGGCAGAGGACCAUUACAAGAUAAAUUUGCUUUAUCAAGAUAUGCUGCGUAAGCGACAAGAAAUUGAACGCCUUGCACGCGCUGGGAAGUUUAAGUAUGAAUAUGAUAGUGAUGAGGAGACUGAUGGAGGCACAUGGGAGCAUAGAUUACGGAUGGCUGAAAUGGAAGCUACGCAGUUGUGGGCUGAAGAACUGACUAAAAAGGCUGAAGGAAAGCAUCAUAUUGGUGAUUUCUUGCCACCAGAUGAACUGGAACGCUUUAUGGAAAAGUUUCAGGCUUUGAAGGAAGGUCGAGAACCAGAUUUAUCUGAUUACAAAGAAUACAAACUUAAGGAAGACAACAUAGGUUUCCAGAUGUUGCAGAAACUUGGUUGGACGGAAGGCCAAGGUCUUGGCUCUGAUGGAACUGGAAUAGUUGAUCCCGUUAACAAGGCAACAACACGACCAGAAAACCAUGGUUUGGGCUUGGAACGGCCAGAAGAUGUGUCUAAGGGAGAUGACGAGUAUGACGCUUACAGGAAAAGAAUGAUGUUAGCAUACAGGUUCCGACCUAAUCCAUUGAACAAUCCAAGGCGGCCAUACUACUGAAGACCUGCAACAAAAGUUUUCAAGAUGUGUGCCACUGCUUGUACAGUAGACUGUCAAGAGAAUUUGUACUUCAGGCUGGGAAAUGUGUAUGAAUUAAGAUGCUUUGACCUGCCACUGACGCACAUAAAACAUCCAUGCAUCAAGUGGUUAGAUUUUUGUAUGAACUGUUGAGAAAGCUGUGUUGCUUUGCCUUGUGCUGCAGAUAUACUUUUUAUAACAUAAACUCUUUACUGUAUUUGAGAGAUUUACUUUGUGUACCAAUAAAUGUCUAUUUGUAUGCUAGUCAUCAUAAUUGGAAGUUCAUGGAAGACUGGAAGAAGCUUGCACAUUACAUUUCAUUAUAAGUAUCUGUCAUGUGUAACUAUUUUCCCCACUUGGUUGUAUUCUUGUGAAUUGCGAGGUUUGUCACAAAAUCUGAAAACUUUUUUUUCAUGAAGGGGGAAGAAAAUCAGUUACAUUAAUGCAUCUGACAAUUAAUUUUUUUACUGUUUUAAAUCUAUUUUGGAAAUUCUUACUGGUCCUACAAUGGGUGAAACUUCUUACCUUCAUAAAGUAGUAGCAACCUAUUGAACUAUCAUUUCUUUGUUUUUGUUUAAACAGUUUAUAGAUUGUCCAACCAUUGGUAUAACAUGUAUGAAUUUGCUGGCUGUUCACUAAAUUGUCAUUUUCAUAUCCAAGUCUAUUUUUCAUAUAAAUAUUAAGAGUGUGGUGAUAACAGUAACAGUGGGCAUGAAAAGGUGUUGUGGCUGAAGAUCUUUUUUGUGUAAAUACUGAAAGGAUGAUAUUUGUGGAAAUUGUUUUUGUGGUACUUCUUAUUUGCAUCAAAUUGUGAAGUUAUAACCACUAAUAAAUAAAUAUUGCAUUAGCAUUUC